CUUCACAGAUAGAGAAAAGUGGGCCUGGCCACCGCCCAUGCGCAGGCUGUCUUAUUAUCCAGACCAAACACCUGCUCUCUCUCUCUCUCUCUCUCUCCCUCGCUCUCAUCCAAUCCUUCUCACUCAAAGACCAACACCAAGACCAACUCUCCCUUCCCUUUCUACCUCUCCCCUCCCUUUGACCUAACCCUUAGCCCUAACCCUAACCCUAACCCUAACCCAUCCGUUUCCUACCUCUCCCAGCUCUCUCCUAAAUCCCAAUCGAUAUCAAUAUAGACCACAGAGAUCGUGACAACUUAAUUCGGUCGGUCACAAGUACUACUACAAGAUCAAGAAAAUAAAGCUCGAGCUGCUGCCCGCCGUUUGCUUGUUCGAUCGAUCGAGCUUGGGUCGUGCUUUCUCUUCUCCGAGGAAUUCAAAGCCAUGGAUGCUGCAUCCUCCGGCGCCACCAUCUCCCUCCUCCUUUCCACACCAGAGACCCACCACCAGUUCCAGCACCAGCACCACAGCACCAGCACCACACCAGCUCCUCCAACAGGCCCAAAUCCGAAGACGAGCACAGCGCCACCAGCAUCAGCAAGAAACUCAAAACUCGACGAAAACACCACCGACAACAGCGGAGACGGCAAGGAGCUCGUCCCCGCCCACUCGGGCGGAGACGGCGAGAUCACCCGCCGCCCCCGCGGCCGCCCCGCCGGGUCGAAGAACAAGCCCAAGCCCCCAUCAUCUCACCGCGACAGCGCCAACGCGCUCCGUUCCCACGUGAUGGAGAUCGCCAGCUGCGACAUCGGGGAGAGCGUCGCCUCAUUCGCCCGCCGCCGCCAGCGGGGCGUCUGCGUGCUCAGCGGCAGCGGCACAGUCACCAACGUCACCCUCCGCCAGCCCGCCUGCGCCGGCGCCGUCGUCAUCCACGGCCGAUUCGAGAUCCUAUCCCUCUCUGGCUCCUUCUUGCCGCCGCCAGCGCCUCCAGCCGCAACCGGACUUACUAUUUACUUAAGCAGGGGACAAGGGCAGGUUGUCGGGGGCAGCGUGGUGGGAGUUGGUAGCGGCGGGCCCCGUAGGAUAAUGGCGGCGUCGUUUGGAACGCGGCGUACGAGAGGCGCCGCUUGAGGAGGAGGGAGGCGACGAUGGCACCGGACGCUAACGGCUUGUGGGCCAGUCUCCGCCGCCGCCGCAGCAGCAGCAGGGCAUGAACGAUGGUUCCACGGCUGCCGCGAA